AUGUUCUGGCGCUUUGGAGGAUAUUCCAACAUAUCCACCAUCGACACCCUGCUUGACAAGCCUAAUCUUAAACUUGAAGAUCUGUUGGAGGAAUCGGACCUCAUUCAAGAGCUGAAAUCUCAUCACACCAAACUCAUAGAAUUUCUUCGCGACGACGAUAACCUCCAUGCCCUCCUCAAAUAUGUCAUCGCUCCUCCACCCAAGAGUUCUGACGAGGGCGAAGAGGGGAGUGAAAAAGCCGAAGACGAGGAUGUGUCACCUCAAGAACAGGACGAGUCCGAGAAGAAGCGCCUGAAGUAUGCCUACGUCGCUUGCGAAAUCCUGUCAUGCGAGACAUGGUCGAUCACCGAAGCCCUCAUGGCCAACACACAGCACUUAACUGAGUUCUGGGAUUUUUUACGGAAACCUCCUGCUCUCGAGCCCCUCCAGGCUGGCUAUUUCACCAAAGUCAACGAGUGCCUGCUCGAGAAGAAGACUGAAGACAUGCUCGAUUUCUUUAAAUCUCUCCCCGGUAUUGUUCCAGCCAUAUUGCAGCACGUCGAUUGUCCCAUGGUUAUGGACCUCCUGCUCAAAAUCAUCAGCCUCGAGAGAGCAGAUGGAGGCACUGGUAUCGUUGAUUGGCUUCAUUCCCAGGAUUUAAUCCCAAUGCUCCUUUCAAGCCUGUCCCACGAGUGCAAUUCUUCGACCCAGACUUCGGCUGGCGACUUCCUGAAAGCUAUUAUCACCAUUUCCGCAAAUGCUGCUCAGGAUCAGCAGUCAUGCAUCGGCCCGAACAGCCUAACCCGGCAGCUCGUAUCGGAGCCAUGCAUUGAAUCUCUUAUCUCCGCUAUGCUGCGGGGCGGCAACCCGCUGACUGUAGGCGUCGGCAUUGUUAUCGAGGUCAUCCGGAAGAACAACUCGGAUUAUGAUCCCGAGGGCGGCGCGAGCGCUGACCAACCACCAACGAACCACGACCCCAUCUAUCUCGGUACGCUGCUGCGACUCUUUGCCAAGAAUGUCCCCAAUUUCAUGGAUCUGAUCUUGAGCGCCAAACACACCGUGACCGAAGGCGACUUGACCAAAGUGGUCGACAGAGGGGAGCUCAAGUCUGCUUGGGGCACCAAGAUUGAGCCUUUGGGCUUCGAUCGCUUCAAGACGUGCGAGCUGAUGGCUGAACUCUUGCACUGCAGCAAUAUGGGUCUGCUCAACGAGCGUGGCAGCGAAGACUUCGUCAAGGCUCGCGAUGAGGAGCGCGAACGGCUACGUGCCCAGGGAGCCUUCAAGCCGCCGAAGCAUACCGAGGAUUCCACCGUCGACAUUUCUGCGACUUCGUCUCGGUUUGAGAAUGCCUUCUCCCCUUCAGCCUCUACAGAGGAGCUUCGUAUUGCCAAUGGCAGCGAGGAUGACGGCUUCGAGAAAGUCGCUGCUCCUGAUGCCGAAUCUAACAUGUCUACUGGCUCGCUAGUGAAUCGUGAUGACCUGGUCGACGAGCCGUUAUCCCCAGCUCUACCUCAGCACAAAGAACCCCAGCCAGAUGAAGAUCCUGCUUCCCCGAGCAAGGGCUUAUCGAACGAAGUACGACGACUAAGUCUCGAGGACACGCCCAUGACAUCGCCUCCGUCCGAACAGCAGCCUCUCGAUUCUCCCCAAGACACCAUUUUGCCUCGCCCAGAAGACAAACCCGCUCCGCUGUUCGCAAGUUCUAAGGACCCUAACAAAACUCCUACACCGAGCAGUCCUGAGCCCGUUAAUAGCCCGUCCUCUACCAAGAGCGGGCAUGUCGCAACUCCUAGUCAAAUUGACGAAUCUCUCCAGCAGGUCGAGGCUAGCACGAUGGAAGGCGACCAGAGCGUUGUCAGUGACGAAAAGCCUGUGGUUGGUGACUACCUCAAGAUGAUGUUCGUGGAGAAUCGUGUCGUGCCUACAAUCUUGAGCUUCUUUUUUCGCUUCCCCUGGAACAACUUUCUGCACAAUGUGGUGUACGAUGUGGUUCAACAGGUCUUCAAUGGCCCCAUGGACCGCGGCUACAACAAGUAUCUGGCAUUCGACCUAUUCGAGACUGGCCGGGUGACAGAAGCGAUCAUCGAGGGCCAGCGACGCAGUGAUGAGGCUCAGCAGACCAAGAACAUGCGCCUUGGCUAUAUGGGCCACCUCACUCUUGUUGCUGAGGAAGUGGUCAAGUUCGGCGAGCGUCAAGCGCGGGACCAAAUGUCACCACCGGUCAAGGAUUGCAUCUACGGCAAGGACUGGGAAGAAUAUGUGACCAAGACUCUCGCAGAGACACGCGAGCGCGACAAUGCCAUUCUUGGCGGUUUCCGUCCCGAGAACGGUCUAGGACCGCGGCAAGCUGUGCUCAAUGCUGUCAACUCUGGCAGCCUGGGCACCUCUACUGCGCUGGCCAAUGCUGGUCUAGGCGGUGGCCAACCUCUCGACAGCAUCGAGCUCAGCAACAAUCAGUUUGGCAAUAGUGGUAGUACUACUAGCCAAGGCUUCUCAUCCGGAUCUCUCAGCGGCUUCGGUAGCUCUUCGGACGAUGAUGAUGAGGAUAUGGACGAUGUGGAUGAGGAAGAGCGCAACACUGCCACCCAAGAAGAUCCUAAUGCCCCUGUUCCCCUGAUCCCGCCCCCACCUGCACCUCUCAACAUCGAGCCGUCGCGUGCGCGCCGAAGAUUAGCAGACCGUCUGGCUCGUAGACAAGAAGCCGAGCAAGAGGCCGCCGCAUCCGAGUUUGGGUCCGAAGCAGACGAUCCAUUCGCGUCUCUCAACGACAAUGACGACCAAGACGGAAGUGACCCAUUUUCGCUGGAUGAGGAAGAGCAAGACAUAACAGCAUUUGGGAGAAGAAGCGAUAAUAACCCUUUUAGCAACUCUUCCGAUUCGCACACGUUCUCCGCCACAAGAGGUCUGACUAGUCUCUUCUCGACCGGAUCAGGCAAGAACAAGAAAGAUGGGUUCGAUGACUUGGACAACUCGUCAGAGAGUUCCGGAUCCGACAUUGAUCCUGACAAUCCACCCCUAGAGGCACGAACCAGUCUUGAGCGACGCCCAUUGGACAUUGAUGACGAUGAAGAGAUGGGAGAGAUGGUUGCUCCAUCGGAAGAAGGCCCCAAUAGCAGCGACGAAGAAGUGCUAAGCCCGACGGAGAAGGAGAAGCUCGGGCUCCCCUUUGGCAGUGGUAGCGGCAGUGGCAGCCCCGAUGAGCAUGUCUCUGAAUUCGAUGGCCAAGGUGAUGAGGAUCAGGAAGACCAGCUCGUGGAAAUUGCCAUGCCAGCGAGCAACAAGAGGAGAUCGCGAGGCUGA